AAACGGGGGGCAUAGAACCACCCAAUUGGAAAAAAACGUUCAAAGGAGUUUUAUAAUACAAAUGCCGCAAAAGAACAGAUAACAGAAACUCACUGUGUUCUAUCUUCUCUGCGUGUGUGUGUGUGUUCGUCGUGCAAGUAAAUGGCUAGAGCAGCUUGCAACCAUCUUCACUUGGUUCCCAGUUUAGUUCAUCCAUUGAAGUCGACCCUCUUCACAAAUCACACUCUUUCCACCACACGCACUCGCUUCUAUGACAUUCAGCGAAGGUUCUCUUCAUCCAAGAUAAGCAUGAGCCUCAAGGCUGGUAUCGUUGGCCUUCCCAACGUUGGCAAAUCCACUCUCUUCAAUGCCGUUGUGGAAAAUGGAAAGGCCCAAGCUGCUAAUUUUCCAUUUUGUACAAUUGAGCCAAAUGUAGGGAUUGUUGCUGUUCCCGAUUCUCGUCUCCAUGUACUCUCUGAUCUCAGCAAAUCUCAGCGAUCUGUUCCAGCAUCAAUAGAAUUUGUGGAUAUUGCUGGGCUUGUCAAGGGUGCAAGUCAAGGCGAGGGGUUGGGUAACAAGUUUUUGUCACAUAUUCGUGAGGUGGAUUCUAUACUUCAGGUUGUACGAUGUUUUGAAGACAACGAUAUUGUUCAUGUGAAUGGGAAGGUUGACCCCAAGUCUGAUAUUGAUGUUAUCAAUUUGGAGCUCGUUUUCUCAGAUUUGGACCAGAUUGAGAAAAGAAUUGAUAAGCUAAAGAAGGGCAAGGCAAAGGAUUCACAAUCUAAACUCAAGGAAGAGGCAGAAAAGUCUGCAUUGGAAAAGAUUCAACAGGCGCUUAUGGAUGGAAAGCCUGCACGAUCUGUGACCUUAACAGAUUUUGAAAGGGAUGCUGUAAAACAUCUCUGCUUACUCACCAUGAAACCUAUUAUAUAUGUGGCAAAUGUUGCGGAAACUGAUCUUGCAGAUCCUGCGGACAAUAAUUUUGUCAAGGAUGUUACAAAUGUUGCAUCUGAGUUGCAGUCCAGAAUUGUAACAAUUUCUGCACAGGUUGAGGCAGAGCUUACUGAGCUACCAAUUGAAGAACGACAAGAAUAUUUGCAAUCUCUUGGUGUUAGUGAAAGUGGUCUUGGAAACUUAAUCAGGGCAACUUAUGACCUUUUGGGUCUGAGAACUUACUUUACUUCUGGUGAAAAGGAGACAAAAGCGUGGACAAUACUUGCAGGAAUGACUGCACCCCAAGCUGCUGGAGUUAUUCACUCUGACUUUGAGAAAGGUUUCAUUCGAGCAGAGACAGUGUCUUAUGGUGAUUUUGUUGCUGCUGGUUCACUUGCUGCAGCACGAGAGAAAGGAGUCUUGAGAUCUGAAGGAAAAGACUAUGUUGUACAAGAAGGAGAUGUCAUGUUGUUUCGGUUCAAUGUUUAGCAGAAUUUACUACUGUACCAGACAGUGGAAAAGUUGAGAUGUAUUUUUGACCAAGGUCAGAAUUUUGAUUUUCAGCCAAUUGGUGAUCAUAGAUAACCAUUGUUUGUUUAUAGUGUCAAUUGAUAAAUUUUGGCAAAAUUGAUGGCUAGAAGUCAGGUUUUUUGGCAGCCAAUUUCUGGUUAUAAUUUUAAGAGAUAUUGUUUUCUUGUACUGAAAAAAAUUUAAUUUUUUCAUAGCGUGAUACAACAAAUGUUCUUGAAUAUUUAUAAUAUAAUAAUAAGGGUUAAAAGUCU